GUUACUUAACAGCAAAGCCAGCGUCACCUCAUCUGGUUUUGCUCUCAAAUGGGAACACUGGUCUAGGACUAAAGCGCAGAGAGCCUGGCAAAGGACCCCGGCCUGAGCCUCUCCAGAGAUCAGGAGCCUCUAACUGGGAACCUUCCACACACUCUUCGGGCAACUUACAGCAGCACCAAGAGUCACAAUGAAUGUUCUCAUCUCUUUCCUCCAUCUGUUGCUGCCACUAAUGCUGAUGUCCAUGGUCUCUAGCAACCCAAAACCAGGGGUCGCCAGAGGCCACAGGGACCAGGGCCAGGUUUCUGGGAGAUGGCUCCAGGAAGGCGGCCAAGAAUGUGAGUGCAAAGAUUGGUUCCUGAGAGCCCCUAAAAGAAAACUCAUGACAGUGCCCAGGCUGCCAAAGAAGCGGUGUCCCUGUGAUCAUUUCAAGGACAAUGUGAAGAAAACAAGCACCAAAGGCACCACAGGAAGCCAAACGAGCACUCCAGAGCCUGCCAGAAAUUUCUCAAGCAAUGUCAGCUAGCAAGCUUUGCUCUGCCUUUGUAGGAGCUCUGACAACUCACUCUCCCAAUAAAACAUUCUCAGUCGAGAAGUCAGUGAGUGCACCUAGAGGAUGCUCUUAUUCUCCCACCUCAUUCUCCCACUCCCAGUACUCAUUCCCUAAUCAUUCCAGUGCUCUCAAAGAGCAUUUUCCCCCAAGAUCAUUUUGAUUAUUGCUUCCUCUAGAUCUUUCUUCUCUUGUCAGCCUUUUCCCGUGCCCUUCCCUUACCCAGGCUUAAGCUUAAUUAUCUGGAAGAAUACAGAAAACCUCAGCUUCCUAGCUGGUCUCCUUUGACCUUAAAUACGAUCAGCAAAGUAGCAAACAGAAGUCAGUAAACAUUUUAAAAUGU